GGUCAACACCUUUGCCCGGGAAGGUGGACAAAGGAAGGGGCUGGCUGUAGGGGAGUUAAGUCAGUUUCGUUUUUGGGCUGGGUGGUGGGAAUUCAGGGAUCCUAAGGUGGGAUCCAAGCACCCUGAACCCCCAGAAGGACUCGAUUGAGGGGUCCUGACUGUGCCAACAAGCUCUGCUGUAACCUGCAAUCCUGUUGUCCAAUAAACCUUCUGUUUUACUGGCUUACUGAGAGUCGCUGUGGGUCCCAGGAAGAGGGGUGCAGGACCGGACUCCCCCACACUCCGUGACAACUGGUGGCAGUGGCGGGAGAUACUGCACCCCGUGGACGAUGCUUCCUGCAGCUGAGGAAUCACAUCACAUUUCGCUCCAGAUCAGCCCAUCUUCCAGGAGACAGGGAAGGGAAAUGGCUGUAACGGAGUCAGCUCAGAUGCCAGUGACCUUCGAGGAGGUGGCUGUGUAUUUCACCCAGGGGCAGGGGGCUCUGCUGGACCCAGCUCAGAGAGCCCUCUACAGGGACGUCAUGCAGGAGAACUACAAGAUGGUGACCUCACUGGGAUUUCCCAUUCCCAAACCUGAGCUAAUCGCCCGGCUGGAACGAGGGGAAGAGCCGUGGGUGCCUGAUCUCCAGGCCUGCGACGAAAGAGAGAUCCCAGGAGGCGUCCGCACAGCAGGUGCUGAGCGAGGGAGUGAGAACGUGGAGGGGAAUCAUCAUGAGGAAGUUCCUGGAGAAGUGGAACUGCAGGGGACCUUUGUGGGAAGAGCUGAUGGGAAUUUUUCCCAGUGUGUGGAACAGGGAGAAGCCUGGGGAAAUUGGCACAGGUCAGAGAGGUUUCUGGAAAACCACCCAAGGAAGAAAGUGAAUGAAUCUAUUAACAGUGGGGGAGGAGACAAGGAUCCCAGAGCACAGCAAACAAAUCCCAAUGAAGAGACACCAUGGCACUGCCGGUGGUGUGGGAAAGGAUUUAUUGUGAGAUCACAGCUUGUGACACAUCAGACAAUCCAUACUGGAGAGAAACCCCUUCAAUGCUUAGACCAUGGCGAAAGUUUCAGUAACCGCUCAGAUCUUAAUACCCAGGGGGGAAGCCACACUGGAGAGAAACCCUUUCAGUGCCGCGAGUGCGGGAAAUGUUUCAGUUCUAAGUCAGCACUAAUUUCACAUCAAGAAAGCCACACAGGAGAGAGACGCCAUAAGUGCUUGGACUGUGUGAAAAGUUUCAAGCGGAGGUCAGACUUUCUUAAACAUCGGGUAAUCCACACAGGAGAGAGACCCCAUAAGUGCUUGGAUUGUGGGAAAAGUUUCAAGCACAGGUCACACGUUCGUAGACAUCAGGCAACCCACACAGGAGAGAGACCUCACAAGUGCUUGGAGUGUGGGACAAGUUUCAGGCAGAGGUCACACCUUCGUAGACAUCAGGCAAUCCAUACAGGAGAGAGCCCUCAUAAGUGCUUAGACUGUGGGAAAAGUUUCACACAGAGAUCAGACCUUGUUAGUCAUCAGGCAAUCCACACAGGAGAAAGACCCCAUAAGUGCCUGGACUGUGGGAAAAGUUUCAAGCGGAGAUCAGACCUUGUUCAUCACCGGGCAAUCCACACAGGAGAGAGACCCCACAAGUGCUUGGACUGUGGGAAAAGUUUCAUACGAAGGUUAGACCUUGUUUGUCAUCAGUCUGUCCACACAGGAGAGAGACCCCACAAGUGCUUGGACUGUGAGAAAAGUUUCAUAAGAAGGUCAGAAUUUGUUUAUCAUCAGGCAGUCCACACAGGAGAGAGACCCCAUAAGUGCUUAGACUGUGGGAAAAGUUUCAUACGGCAGUCAGCCCUUGUUAGACAUAAAGUAGUCCACACAGGAGAGAGACCCCACAAGUGCUUGGACUGUGGGAAAAGUUUCAUACGAAGGUUGAGGAAUCACAUCCACAUUUCGCUCCAGAUGGUCCCGUCUUCCAGGAGACAGGGAAGGGAAAUGGCUGUGAUGGAGCCAGCUCAGAUGCCGGUGACCUUUGAGGAGGUGGCUGUGUAUUUCACCCAGGGGCAGGGGGCUCUGCUGGACCCCGCUCAGAGAGCCCUCUACAGGGACGUCAUGCAGGAGAACUAUGAGAUGGUGACCUCGCUGGGAUUUCCCAUUCCCAAACCUGAGCUGAUUGUCCAGCUGGAACAGGAAGAGCCGUGGGUGCCCGAUCUCCAGGCCUGCGAGGAAAGAAGGCUUCUGAGAUGCCCCCAUACAGCAGGUGCUGAGCGAGGGAAUGAGAAUGUGGAGGGGAAUCAUCAUCAGGAAGUUCCUGGAGAAGUGCAACCGCAGGGGACCUUUGUGGGAGGAGCUGAAGGGAAAUGUUUCAGUUCAAAGUCAGCACAAAAGUCACUUAAGAAAAGCCACACAGGAGAGAGACCCCACAAGUGCUUAGACUGUGGGAAAAGUUUCAUACGUCAGUCAGCCCUUGUUAGACAUAAAGUAGUCCACACAGGAGAGAGACCCCACAAGUGCUUGGACUGUGGGAAAAGUUUCAUACGAAGGUCAGAAUUUGUUUAUCAUCAGGCAAUCCACACAGGAGAGAGACCCCACAAGUGUUUGGACUGUGGGAAAAGUUUCGUAAGAAGGUCACAGCUUGUUCAACAUCAGGCAAUCCACACAGGAGAGAGACCCCAUAAGUGCUUAGACUGUGGGAAAAGUUUCAUACGUCAGUCAGCCCUUUUUAGACAUAAAGUAGUCCACGCAGGAGGGAGACCCCACAAGUGCUUGGACUGUGCAAAAAGUUUCAUGCAAAGGUCACACCUUGUUAAACAUCAGGCAAUCCAUACAGGAGAGAGACCCCACAAGUGCUUGGACUGUGGGAAAAGUUUCCUACAAAAGUCACACCUUGUUCAACAUCAGGCAAUCCACACAGGAGAGAGACCCUAUAAGUGCUUAGACUGUGGGAAAAGUUUCAUACUGCGGUCAGCCCUUCUUAGACAUAAAGUAGUCCACACAGGAGAGAGACUCUACAAGUGCUUGGACUGUGGGAAAAGCUUCAUACGAAGGUCAGAAUUUGUUUAUCAUCAGGCAAUCCACACAAGAGAAAGACCCCACAAGUGUGUGGACUGUGGGCAAAGUUUCAUAAGAAAGUCCGAGCUUGUUCAACAUAAGGCAAUCCACACAGGAGAGAGACCCCACAAGUGCUUGGACUGUGGGCAAAGUUUCAUACGAAGGUUAAACCAUGUUUGUCAUCAGUCAGUCCACACAAGACAGAGACCCCACAAGUGCGUGGACUGUGACAAAAGUUUCAUAAGAAGGUCACAUCUUGUUCAACAUAAGGCAAUCCACACAGGAGAGAGACCCCACAAGUGCUUGGACUGUGGGAAAAGUUUCAUACGAAAGUCAGAAUUUGUUUAUCAUCAGGCAAUCCAUACAGGAGAGAGACCGCAUAAGUGCUUUGACUGUGGGAAAAGUUUCAUACGGCAGUCAGCCCUUGUUAGACAUAAAGUAGUUCACACAGGAGAGAGACCCCACAAGUGCUUGGACUGUGGGAAAAGUUACAUAAGAAGGUCAAACCUUGUUCAGCAUAAGGCAAUCCACACAGGAGAGAGACCCCACAAGUGCUUGGACUGUGGGAAAAGUUUCCUACAAAGGUCACACCUUGUUCAACAUCAGGCAACCCACACAGGAGAGAGACCCCAUAAGUGCUUAGACUGUGGGAAAAGUUUCAUGCUGCAGUCAGCCCUUGUUAGACAUAGAGUAAUCCACACAAGAGAGAGACCCCACAAGUGCUUGGACUGUGGAAAAAGCUUCAUACAAAGGUCAGAAUUUGUUUAUCAUCAGGCAGUCCACACAGGAGAGAGACCCCACAAGUGCUUGGACUGUGGGAAAAGUUACAUAAGAAGGUCACACCUUGUUCAACAUAAGGCAAUCCAUACAGGAGAGAGACCCCACAAGUGCUUGGACUGUGGAAAAAGUUACAUAAGAAGGUCACACCUUGUUAAACAUCAGGCAAUCCACACAGGAGAGAGACCCCACAAGUGCUUGGACUGUGGGAAAAGUUUCUUACAAAAGUCACACCUUGUUCAACAUCAGGCAAUCCACACAGGAGAGAGACACCAUAAGUGCUUAGACUGUGGGAAAAGUUUCAUACGUCAGUCAGUCCUUGUUAGACAUAAAGUAGUCCACACGGGAGAGAGAUCCCACAAGUGCUUGGACUGUGGGAAAAGCUUCAUACGAAGGUCAGAAUUUGUUUAUCAUCAGGUAAUCCACACAAGAGAGAGACCCCACAAGUGCGUGGACUGUGGAAAAAGUUUCAUAAGAAGGUCACACCUUGUUACACAUCAGGCAGUCCACACAGGAGAGAGACCCCACAAGUGCUUGGACUGUGGGAAAAGCUUCAUACAAAGGUCAAAGCUUGUUAAUCAUCAGGCAGUCCACACAGGAAAGAGAUCCCACAAAUGCUUGCGCUGUGGAAAAAAUUUCAUACACAGGUCAAGCCUUGUUAAUCAUCAGGCAAUCCAUACAGGAGAGAAACCCCAUAAGUGCUUGGACUGUGGGAAAAGUUUCUUACAGAGGUCAUACUUUGUUAAGCAUCAGGUAGUCCACUCAGGAGAGAAACCCCAUAAGUGCUUGUACUGUGAGAAAAGUUUCAUACAGAGGUCAGACCUUGUUAAACAUCAGGCAAUCCAUACAGGAGAGAGACCCCAUAAGUGCUUGGAAUGUGAGAAAAGUUUCAUACGGAAGUCAGACCUUGUUGAACAUCAGGCAAUCCACACAGGAAAGAGACCCUAUAAGUGCCUGGACUGUGGGAAAAGUUUCAUGCGGAGGUCAGACCUUGUUAAACAUCAGGCAGUCCACACAGGAGAGAGACCCCAUAAGUGCUUGGACUGUGGGAAAAGUUUCAAACGGAGGUCAGACCUUGUUAAACAUCAGGCAAUCCACACCGGAGAGAGACACCAUAAGUGUGUGGACUGUGGGAAAAGUUUCAUACAGAGGUCAGACCUUCUUAAACAUCAGAGAAUCCACACAGGAGAGCGAUCCCACAAGUGUUUAGUCUGCGGAAAAGGUUUCAUAUGGCGGUCACACCUCGUUAAACAUCAGAGAAUCCACACAGGAGAGAGCCCUCACAAGUGCUUAGAGUGUGGGAAAUGUUUCAUACAGAGAUCAAACCUUGUUAGACAUCAGUCAAUCCACACAGGGGAGAGACCCCACAAGUGGUUGGACUGCGGGGAAAUUUCACGCAGAGAUCACAUCUCAUUAAACAUGAGAGAAUCCACACAGGAUCUUAACUUCUCUGACACAGAGACAGAAAGUGUUAAGGAACUAGCAUGUAAUUGACCUAGAUUCAACCUUUUGAGACAUGUUAGAAAAGUAUGUCCUCCUCAGAUAAACUAGAGCUUCGACAGGUAACGGUGUAUUGUUAAAGACAUGGAAGAAGAUGGUAACUGUAGUAGUCUCUGUUUAGCUGUAUCUUGUUAGAGGUUAACAAUGGAAAUAAACAGUUCCUGUCUAGGGCUCUAUUCUGUGAAUUCAGAGAUCAAAAGGGAACAUUAACAUUUAGACAAAACUUGGCUGUAUUAAUGUCAUUGUUCGUCUCCUGAAAGUUUGUGGUAAACUGUCUAUGAACUGCUUUAUGGAGAAUCACCUCAUGCUAAUCCAUGUAAUUAUUUACUAGUGAUGUUUAGGAAAUAGAACGUUACUUCAAAAGCCUGUUGUUCAGCCAAUGACUGUGUGCUGUCGAGACGCUGCAAAAAUGAUCCUUUCUUCUCUGAUCUGCCGAAGCGUUAUUCCGGGGGGGGGCGGGGGGGAGUGAGGGAUCUUGCUCUUCUCCUGCAGGACGCUCUCUCUCAGGAGUGGGGGAUGCAGAGGAAGAUGAUGGAGUCUUCAUUCUAGUGCUUCGGAACAGGGAAAUCUGAAGAGUGGAGAUGUGGUCCUCCAGCCACAUCUUUGCUGCAUACUAUGUGAUCACCUGGCAGGCUAGAGAUAACAUGGCCUUCAGCAGGGCAGUGCUCCAAUCAGUGGAAGACUCUGACCCUACCGCUGGAAUUUGGGCUUAUGAGUCACCUGCUUGGAAUGGACAUGAACCAGCACUUGAAGAAGGAAAAACGGUUGCUCACCUCGUAACUGUUGUUCUUCGAGAUGUGUUUCUUGUGUGCAUUCCAAUAUCCACCCCCCUCAGCCAGCAAGAAGGAACUGAGUUGGUGGCGGGUGGACAGAGCUCUAUAUUGGGCGCCCAGACUGACCCUCCAACUAGCUGCUAGGGGGAAAGUCCCAGAGAAUCCAUAGAUUCAAAAAAAUCAGGAAAAUAAAUUUACCCAUUUUCAUCUGAACUGGGUAAAGCAGCUUCACUUCUCAUUAUUCAGUUGUGUUAGAAAAGUUUUAGCAUGAUCAUCUUAAUAUAUAUGUAUAAGUAAAUAUAUAUAAAAAGCUCUUCCCAGCUACAAAUUAUCUGGACUAGCACAGAAAAAACCUGGGGUCAACUUAUUGCGAUGCCUACACCUGUGCUGGGUCAGUGGGAGAGCGUUGACCAACAGUGGUUGAGACAGACCCUUGGAGUGCGUAUCCAGCACUCGCGCCCACUGCUUUUGCUGAUAGAUACUGAUCAUUCUCAUUGUUCAAUGAAGAAGAAAAUCUCAUGACAAAGGCAAAGGAAACGUGAAAAAAUCAGAAAGGACUACUUCAGCGAAUGAUCAUUUGUCUUUUGAAGUCCUUAGAAAAUCUGAGCUAGCUUCUCUCAAACUGAUUUAAUAUCAAAAUAUGUGACAGAACCGCCAUCAGGAAAGAGAGAGAAUCCUGCAGUGCAGGGUGGGAUACAAACCAUUUUACUGUUCAUGAAGUGAAAUCCCAGAGAAUCUUAAGACUUAAAAUCUGAAGAACAAAUGGGCAUUUCGACUUCCCUUACUGUGGUCUUCCGCUCUGAGAAAAAAGUCCCGGCCUGCAGCUUCCUGAACAGGCCAGUGUUCUGAAAGAUGUGUGCAUCAUGCACCUUUCUGGGCCAACCUGUGUUAAUGUCAAUGAAACACCCACGGUGAUCCAUGGUGCCUGGAGAACCAUAGAGAAAUACCCCUUCCGAUUAACGUACUCGGAUGCUAGGUGGAGUGGUGCCAGAAUAGGAAUAUGCGUCCCAUCUAUCGCCUCUCCACAGUUAGGGAAACCCAUUUGUACAAAGCCAUCCACAAUGUCCUGCAUGUUACCUGGAGUCACGGUUCUUCUGAACAGGAUGCAAUUAAUGGCCAUGCAAACUUGCAUCAACACGAUUCCAGUGGACGACUUUCCCACUCCAAACUGGUUCACAACUGAUCAGUAGCUGUCUGGAGUUGCCAGCUUCCAGAUUGCAAUAGCCACCCGCUUCUUCACCAGCAGGGCAGCUUUCAAUCUCGUGUCCAUGUGCUGCAGAGUGGGGGCUAGCUCCUCACACAGUCCCAUGAAAGUGAUUUUUCUCAUCCGAAAGUUCUGCAGCCACUGCUCGUCAUCCCAAACUUGCAUGAUGAUGUGAUCCCACUACUCAGUGCUUGUUUCCCGAGCCCAAAAGCAGCGUUCCACGGUGCUGAGCAUGUCCGUGAAUGCCACAAGCAAUUUCACGUCAUACGCGUUAUGCGACUCGAUAUCGUCGGCCUCCUCAUUGUCACUUUAGAGCUUAAGGAAUAGCUCGACUGCCAAAUGUGAUGUACUGGCGAGACUCGUGAGCAUAUUCCUCAGCAGUUCGGGCUCCAUUUCCCGCAGACCGAAAUGGAACACAGAUCGUGCUGCACAGAAACUGUUGAAAGAUGGCACCAAAUGUGGACGGAAACACAGGGAUUGCUGGGAUGCGAAGCGAUGCAUCACGGGGCAUUGGGACAGGACCCAGAAUGCCCCACAGCCCCUGCCUCCCUCCCACAAUCCACGGCGCCAGAAUGGGAAGAGGUGCUCUGUGGGAUAGCAGCCCAUAAUGCACCACUCCCAAUGCUGCUGCAAGUGCCACAAAUGUGGCCACGACGGUGCGCUGGCAGCUGUCAGUGUGGACAGACUACAGCACUUUCCCUACUCAGCUGUACAAAGGCAGGUUUAACGCACAGCGCUGUACAUCUGCAAGUGUAGCCAUACCCUUCGCCUUCCCAAUGGCAGGAGCUAUUCCCAAGAAGGGAGGUAAAUAAGGAUUGUGUGUGUGAAUGGGAAUCAAUACAGAACGGAGAAUGAAUUAAUACUGCCCCUUUGAAAGCUGGAGGGGUAGGAAUGAGCUAACAUGGUCAUUAAGUUUUGACACCAUGUCUCAAAGAGGGUAUAGAGAUGCAAGUCUCUCUCACACAGCAGCUGUGCAUGACGCAAAACAGUCCCCUCUGAUCAUUGAUGAGGGAAGAACCUGACCAGAUUACUACAUACGGACUCCAUGGCUUCUAAUAACCCAGGGGACAGGAAUCCUUUACCCAGUGAGGUCUCUAUCUCGUAGUUCUCUCACAUGACGUCCCUGUAGAGGGCUCUCUGAGUAGGGUCCAGCAGAGCCCCCUGCCCCUGGGUGAAAUACACAGCCACCUCCUCAAAGGUCACCGGCA